CCGUAGAAAACUCCAUUAUUUUUUUGCACGGAAUCUGCAAGAAAAAAUUGCUAGUAACUGUGAAAUUAGGGAUCAAAAGGUUUUUGGGGAUACGAUAUUUUUUUUGCUAAACAUACACCGACUUGACCAAACAGUGUCUGGAGAUAACAACGGAAUAAUUUGUUUACACGAUCGGACAUCCUUGGGUUUGGGACACUCCAGAAUCAAACUGUGGCCCAGGAGUCAGCUGCCAAGUUUUGGAGGAGGUAACCUCUGAAACACACAAGACAUAGUCAGAUCUCUGAGAGUUCUGCAAGGCAUCGUUGGAGGGUGUUUGGCAAAGUCUCUGUGCUUUUCCCGUGACACCAUGGCCUUCAGACUGUGGAAACCAUAGCCAAUACUAUCUUUGGCUUUUCAAAGAUGACAAGGUGCUGCAAGGCGGUUUUUACAAAAUGAUGGGAGGCAGUGAGAGUGGCAGUGGAGACAAGGAUGGAGUCCACACUGUAACAGUACAUGUCCCCAUUGGCUGGCAGAGGAGAGUGGAGGAUGGGCUUGUGGCGUAUAUCAGUCCAAGUGGUACAGUCCUGUCUUCACUGGAGGAGGUAAAGUCAUAUCUGUUGACCGAUGGCACUUGCAAGUGUGGCCUUGAGUGUCCGCUGGUCAUCCACAAGGUGUUCAACUUUAGUGUGGGGAUCAAAGUUCAGCAGCACAGCCAGCCCGCAGGGAAGUGCGAGCAGGAUAUGACAAAGCUCUGUAAUCAUCGGAGGAAAGUGGUUGCCAUGGCAGCGCUGUGUCGAAGUAUGCAGGCGUCACAAAUGCCCUAUGUUGCCCGUCACCCAGAUGUCACCAGUGGAAGUUUGGAGCACAAAAACCCUCAGAGGAUGAGAGUGGACAGGGAUGAAGAACGUGUCACUUACCCCUCUAAACAUCCUCUAGUCCCGUCCAGGCCCAACAGUAUUGUCACCCCUAACCCUUGUGCCAGUCCUAAAAACUCCUCCCAACUUGUGUAUUCCUACAAUGGUUCCUCACCCCUGUCACACGCUGUCACUAACUCUCCUCACUCUCCCGAGGUUCUGAGGAGACUGCCCCCACCCCUCCACCUCCCCGCCACCGCCUCACAAUUCACCGGCUAUGGGACGCCUCAGAGGUCACCGCGCACCCCAACGCCUCACAACCUCAGUCACGGCCUGAGAACACCCCACACUCCGGAAGGGCCCCGAUCUCCCCAUUUGGGGCCCCUCUCUCCUCCUCCCCCAUCCUCCUCUCCCGUGACCAUGGGACGGGGAGGGCAUCCGCACAGCGUCGUCGGCUCGCCCCUCUCCCCCUCGUGUUCCCCGUCUCCCUCUGUCAGCAUGUCCUGCCCGUCUCCGCGGCAGCGCUCGCGCCACCCGUCCGCGUCCUCCUCGUUCUCUGAGCCGGGUUUGGGAGGGGCGGUGCUGGCUGGCUACCCGCCUAGGAGGAUCUCCUCCUCACCGCACUCCCCUCUACCCGGGGGGUCCCCUAACCUCCACUUCCCCAAAUACAAGCUCGAGGAUAUCUUAGAGCAGUUUAGGAACUCAGGCAGCAGUAGCACUAACAACCACAUCCUUCACCCAAACUCACUUUGCAACCAAAGCCAUCCUCAGAUCCUGUCUCUAGCGCUCGAAAAGAGCGGGAAGCCGACGAAGGCACUCGGUUCCGGCUCAGGCACAGCUGUCACUGCUGGCCCUUCCGGGAUGCCCCUCGGACAGUUCUUGAAUCACAAGAAGCAACCGCACCCGGCGUCGUUCCCGGCCAGCAGCCUCCUCUCGGCCGCGGCCAAAGCCCAGCUGGCCAGCCAGAUGACCCACAGCCAGAGCCCCUCCCUGGAGGUCUCCCAGGAGUCUCAGCAGUCGAAGGUAACAAACAGCACUUUAUACAACAACAGCCAUCCCUCCAUCGCUAGGCCCCCACCUGCAGCGUCCCUCCUGCUUCCGCAGCCCUGCGCCUCCCCCUCCCAGCCCUGCGCCUCCCCCUCUCAGCCCUGCACCUCCAGUCCGCUGCACCUCUCCUCCGCGGACCGGACGUCCCACCGGAAGCGUCAGCGGCGUUCGCCCACGGUACUUAGCAUGCUGAAGGACUCCCAAAUGAGCGGUCCCAGAACCCCCGGCGACGCGCUGAACCUCUCGGCCUUGCACUCGCAACCCUCCUCUACCUCAGCCUCGCCCCGCCCCGUCACGCCAGAGAGUCACCUCCAGACUCUGAGGAUCUCGGUCCGAAACCCCGGCGCGCUCUCGGGUUCCCAGAAGCUCCUCGACGGCGCCCUGGAUUUCACUACAAUUGCGGCAGGUCAACCGGAUCCCCCGACACAGCCCCUUUCAGCUCUGCUUCACCUGCUCAGUGUGCAGAACGCUCAGGCCGCCGCAGCCCAGCCCGGUUCCGGGCAUGGAGGAGGAGUUACAAGGCACAGCCCGCGGCAGUCUCCCUCUCCCUCCCAUUUGAACGUGAGACCCGCACGUUCCCCCUCUCAACCGUGCAACCCACUCUCUCCCUCGCAGUCCCAGGCCCGGCGAAGUAGCGGCGGCGCACCGUCUCCGUCGGCACCGCAUACCCAGGCCAGUCCAGCGCCAAGAUGGUCCCCUUCCAUCGCCCAGUCCUCCCCGCGACUCGGUAGCCCCUCGCCCACCCAGCACCCAUCCGAUAGGCUGCGGCAGGCCCAAAACCAUCACGCGGAUGCAGCCGCCACCAUUGUUCGGUCUCCCCCGCCUGACGCCGGCGCGUCAGCAGAGAUUUCAACACUAAGCCCGGGCCUCGGUCCGGCUCAUCCUCCCAGCAAUGCUCCCUCCUCCGGUCACGGCUACAGCAGCACAACCACCUCCCCAAGACCCCUGGAUCUCAGCAACCAUGUGUUGGCCCUGCUGGCGGCCUCCUCCAACGCGCAUCCCGGGGAGUGUGGCCCAGACAGAACUGCCGGCAGCAACGUGCCCGCGGAGUCUCGGAGUGUGGACCAACAAGGCCCCGCACCGACCAAACCCUCAGGAGGCUGCAGCCCCGGUCCCGGCCCCUGCCAGCCCCCCGCGCCGGGGGAUGCCUCUGGGUCGUCCCCCUUGGCCGAAGCCUUCCCCUUCAUGAGCCAGGAGCAGCUUCUCCAGCUCCUCUCGGCCACGGCCGGCCUGCCCUCCCUCCUGGACUCCACCGUGCUGGGCUCUCUGCCCAUGGGCCUGUGGAUGGGCGGUCAGCAGGGUCACCUCCCCCCCUCCAACACCCCUCAGCCACACCACCAACUGCCCGAACAGCAGCAGCAGCUGUCGGAACAUCAACAGAACCUGCUGUUACCGCACGAAGAACACCAGGAGAAACAGCACCACCACCACCAGCAGCAGAACGCCCACAUGAACCACAGCUUUCCCUUCAGCUUGCUGCCCUCGCUAGUCGGAGGUCAGGGAGAGCUGCCUCUGAAUCUCCUGGGCCUGUUAAACCCGCUGCCACCCCCCUCUGCCACCCCUACGCCCGGCCAGGAGGCUGAUCUGGGGAUGGGGGAGAAAAUGGGCCUGCAGGCUCUCCUCAUGGCCUCUCUGCUACUGGGCCAACAGCAGGCGGCCAUGUUGCCCCUGUCCGGUCUGGGCCAGCUGAGCCUGGACCUCCCGCUGCACCAGCAGCACAUCCCGGCCCUGCUUGAGGGUUUGUCCCUGGACAAAAGCUCCGGGCUGCCGGAUCCGUCAUCCUUCCCCCUCCCCGGGCUCCUCGAGGCCCUACAGGGCCUGCUUCCCCCGACCGAAGGGCCCCUCCAGGCCCUGCAGUCGCUCCUGCUCCCCUCCCCACUGCCUCCCCCGGCCUUCCUCUCCCUCAGCCCUGCCCUGCUAACCGCGGCCCUGGGCUCUAACGACCUCCCGCCCGCUCAGCUCCACCCAACCCAGCAACCCCAACAGCCCCCGUCUCAGGUCUCUGCUUCAGACCCUGACGGUGGGGUCGAUACACUCAUCCCUCUGUCUGUCCAGGGGAAGUACAACCCUGUCCUCCACCAGUUACUCCCCACUCUUCUCAACCCAGGGCUUCUAGGCGACCUGUCUGCUAUGACCAGCCUCCACAGUCUGCUGGGUUUAGGGGCAGGCCCUCUCCUCUUGCCCCCCGUACAGGCCUCUGCCCUGGGCAUGGCUCUCCUCCAGGACCCUGAUGGGGCCAUCAACCUCCUCAACAACCUCCAGCUCAACAUGGCACCACCCACAGAGGGAGAAAAGUCAGUCUCUUUACAGGAAACAGACAGCUCCGCUCCUCAGGAGGACAUUCCAGCCAAUCGGCAUACCCCAGAGGCUGGGCUGGCGCCCAGCCCCGCCCCAGCAUCCCAGCGAGGAGAGGGCUCUGUGGGGAGCAUCCUGGACCCCUACGCCUCCUUCAUGGACACCAUCUACACCUCCUUCCUCCAGGUCAGUGCUAAAGAACAGGAAGCGGCUCAGUCCGGGGCCGACGCCCUCUGUGCCUUACCCCCGUCCUAUCCCGAAGAACCCCCGGCGCCCUCCACUCCCCUUCCACAGGCCAGCGCCCCGCUCUCCUUGAGCCCCCGCCGGGCGUGCUCCCUGAGGAACUCCGACCUGUCCCGACUCAGCAUGGAGGCCGCCCACUCCCCGGCUCAGGGCACCCCGAAACCCAGCGACGACGGCUCAGCCACGCCCCCGCAGAUCAAGCCAGGCGUCCCUGAGGCUCGCACCAACCCCCCCCAGCCUCCAGUCUACUUGGAGGAAGCUAAGACCGACUCCUACAGCCAGGCGGUGUCGGACAGGCAGGGUGAAGGACCCCAGGCAGGGGAGUACCCGAGCCCCAGAGACGAGGCCGUGGGCCUGCAGCAGACAGAGCAGAACCAAACUGCACAAACGGGCGGAGCCAGGAGAGGCAGGAAGAGGAAACAAACGCUACAGAAUGUGCUGGAGGAUUUCAGAGAUCUGGAUGCUUCAGUUCUAGAGGAACCUAAUCCCACGGUGGUGCUGCUGAAGCCUGAGCGGUCGGUCCGGGGAAGGAGGCGACGUGGGGCCAGGUCCCAGAGACAGUGACUGGAGCUGGGUCGCCCAACCGUUUCAGGGACUCAUCUUCCCUUUCAACCCCCCAUCACUGCUUUGUAUUGUCCCGGCUCCUCCACUGUCUUAUUCAACUGCACUAAUAUAUCGUCACGCCAACCUCUUACCUUUUGAAUGAGAGGGAUCUAGUCGAGAGAAGAAAAAUAAGAAAAUGAAAAAAAAAGAAUUCAGUGGAUGCUUUCCCUUAGGUCCUCUCUUAAGUCUGUGGUUGCUUGACAAUGUGAUUGAUUGAGACCUGUUAUGAUGUACACCACUGUUCAACAGUUUGUCACUUAGAAAUGUCCUUGUUCUCCAUGAAAACAUAGAUGAAAUUAGUUUGAAUAGGAAAUAUAGCAAAAUGAAUAGGAAAUGGUGUAGAAAUAAGGAUUUUUAUUGGAAAUAAUUGUAUCCUUAACUUUGCUUUUGUUAAAGAAUCCUCCAUUUGCCGCAGUUACAGCCUUGCAGAACUUAUGCCAUUCUACAUGUCAGUUUGUUGAGGUAAUCUGGUAAAAAAGGUUUUCACCCCAUGCUUCCUGGAGCACCUCCCACAAGUUGGAUUGGCUUCAUGGGCACUUCUUUUAUGGUCACGCUGAUCCCACAACACCUCAGUAGGGUUGAGAUCCGGCUGGCCACUCCAUUAUAGACAGAAUACCAGCUGACUACUUCUUCCCUACAUAGUUCUUGCAUAGUUUGGAGUUGUGCUCUGGGUCAUUGUCCUGUUGUAGGAAGAAAUUGUCUCCAAUCAAGCAUCAUCCCGACGGUGUGGCAUGACGUUGCAAAAUGGAGUGAUAGUCUUCCUUCUUCAAGAUCCCUUUUACCCUGUAUAAAUCUCCCACGUUACCACCAC